AUCAAUAUAGUUUAUAAAGUGUAGAUAAUCAAUGAGAGGUUUAUAUAUUUUUAUUCAGACGUUAAAACGAAAACGGUGCAGUAGAGUUAGAAGAGACAGGGCAGCAAUGAAUGCUUGAUGGAAAAGAAAACAUGAAGGUUUGAGAAUGAGUUUACUUCCAUUUGUCGUACUUAGCGGUUUCUCCAAGUGAAGUAACAAUGGGGUGUAUAUCAUCUAGAACAUCUAAAGUUAUAGUACCACGAUCAAAGACACCACUGCCACGUACACCAACACCACCACCACGAUCACCAACACCACCGCCACGAUCACCAACACCACCGCCACGGUCACCGACACCACCGCCACCCACACCACCACCAAGAGAAUCUACGGCUGAUUUCGCAUCGGAUUGUAUUGAUAUAAAGAUAGACAAUGCAAAUGACGAGAAAGAAAUAGUUGCCACGGAAGAUGGCUACCAUGACCCAGUACCAGGGGAUCAGGUGGAUGGAAGUGUAAAACAAAAGCAUAAUUGGUUUGAGGAUGACGAUUUCAAUAAUGCAAGCGACGAUGCAGAUUUGUUUCAAACAGAAAUAACUGUCGACGAUGAAAAUAUUAAUUUGGACACUAUGUCUGACACAACCAGCUUCAUUUCAAACCCAACCAGGAGUGCAAAACCAAAACUUGCAUUUGAUGACGUUGAUAAACAUGCAAAACAAGCAAGUUCGACGCUUCUUCAUUCUUUCGAUAAUCUCCUUCAAUAUCUGAAGAAUCCAUUUGAUGGUGACGGGAAUAGAAAGAUAAAAAUUGCUAGAGCUAUAGUUGUAUGGAUGAGCAGUCAGCAAGAUGUGAGUGCGGACUAUGGCGUAGCAACAACUGACACACCACGUGGUCUUAUUCAAUACCUAAAGGAACACAGGAUGACGUAUACAACAUGUUAUGCCAUACUUUGUAGGAAGGCUGGCUUGCAAUGUGCAGUCAUCAAAGGAUAUGUCAAGGCGGCCGGUUAUGAACCAGGAAAUACAAUUGUACCAGAAGCAUCAUGGACUGCGGUACAUGUUGAAUGUGGCUGGCAGCUUGUCCAUCCUUUUUGGAUUUGUCGCGCAUUAUACGGGCAUAAUCUUGGCGGUUGGGUCAAAGUUGAAGAGGAUGGCAAAAGUAUAAUUCAACGGGAGAGGGUAUCUGAAGGAGUAGUGAGGAAUACUUUUCAAGAAAGGUACUUUAUGCCCGAUCCGGAGGAAUUUAUUUACGAAUGCGCUGCAAAAGAUUUACAGUGGCAGCUUGCAAGCAAUGUGAUUUCUAAAACACGUUUCAUAGAAAUGCCAUAUCUUCUUCCUCCUUUCUUUGGAAUCGGGUUUGAACUUAUAAAUGAUAGCAAGACUGAGUCAAAAUGCGUUCUUGAAUGUAAGGAUGGAUUUUGUAACAUAAAACUGAAAAGGAAACCAGCGAAUGCUCAUAUGAUUAUGCUGAGCUACGAGCUGUUUUUGAAAGACCAAGAUAACGGUUCUGAAAAUGGAUGCCAAAAGGAAAGCAACAUGGCUCGUAUGGUUUUUAAUUCUAGAGCAAAAGAAAUAUUUGAUUUUGAAAUAAGGUUUCCGACCCCAGGCACAUAUAAGAUUGUUAUAUACGGAGGUCCUUAUAAAUGCCCCCGUCUCCGCUUGUGUGAGUUUAAAAUCAUUUGCCACAAGGGUUUGGAGGCAAACCGCGCACUGUUACCAUUAGAAUGUAGCAAGAUCGGUUGGGGCCCUGGUCCUGUAUCCGUCGAAGCAGGCCUGAUUACGCCUACAAGAAUCAGCGGACUAAUCCCAGUCAGUAAAUCAGAAAAGAAAACUACAAUAAAGUUUCACCUUCAAGAUUUGAAGAAGAUGUUCACUGCCUCUAUCCAUGGAGAGGUUGGAGGUCAAAGCAAAACAUUUGAUGUACUCGUGGAAAUAAAGUCGAAAGAAUUUCAUCAGCUGCAGGUAGCCGCUUCUAUACCAACAGAGGGAGAGUUUGGAUUGUCUAUUCAUCUAAAAGAACAACCGGAAAGAAGUGUUUGCAACUAUUUAUUGUCAACUUUCGUGUCAAAGGGAAUGAAGGCAAAUGAACGAAAUGCAAAAAAGAAAUUAGAAGAGCGCAUAACUGAAAAUGUUGAUCCACAACAAUGGAAGGCGAAGAUAAGUAAUGCUGAACAUGCCAUAGAAAGGUGCCUCAAAGAGAAGAUACCUGCCAACGAUGAAGACAUUGUUGCAGCAAAAACAGUUCUAGACUUUUUGAGAUGCAAAGACAAACUCCGAGAUUGUAAAUUGCGGAGUAACUUAGGUGUUACGAGAAAAACUCUAGAGCUUGUCAGUCAUUAUAGUUAUAAAAACUCACUUACCAAAGAAAUAGAAGAAAUAAAACAGUUAGAACUGAGGCUGACUGCCUGGAGAAGUUUUACACGACUUAUUCCGACCUUAAAAGAAUCGUACAAAGAAGUGAUUGACCAACAUGAUCCAGCUGAAGAAGUAGUAGAUGUGUUUCGAUCUUUGCUUUUGUUGUUGGGAUAUUCCGGCGCUACAGAAUGGGAAUGGUCAAUUGUACAGGGACGCCUGAAAAGACUUACAGAGAAAAGCUCUGCACUGGGUGAAAUGAAAACGGCGGAAAGUGAAAAGUUGAACAAUCGAACAAAAUCAAGAGUCAUGUCGGAUCUUCAAAGAUAUACGGAAAACCAAAUAAGAUCUGUCAAUGGUGUGGCCCAUAGUGUUUAUGUAUGGAUGAUGAAUAUCCUAAACAGUCGAGACACGAUGUAGGUUGACCAUGGAAUAUAUAUCAUAAUAUAAAAUCUUCAAUUUUGAGAAUCUGCUUUCUUACUCGUAUAUUCAACAAAAUCUAUUAUUUUAGUCUAGUAUUAUACCUGAAUUUAAGAUAACAGAGCAUAUACAUUAUUCAAAUAUAUCAUUACUAUGAAUUACUUUGUAUAUAUACAUUUCAUACAGUCAGUUGUAUAAAUAUGUUUAAGCAUAUAAUGUGGCUUAUAAAGCUAAAAGCUUAGAUUCAUUUUUAGUUUUGUAACAAAAUCCCUGAAUAUACCUACCUCUGUGGAAUUUACGUUACUAAGUUUCUUUUUUUUUUUAAUUUAUUCAAUCUACAACCCCGUCAGGGACAAGCCGUUGUUUCCGUGAACAAGAAACUUUACACUUAUUGCUUAGUGCUGGUUGGGUACAGGAACAGAUUCGAGUGUUUCAAUAUGCUUAUAGCUUUCAACACAAUCGAAUUAAAAUAAAUUAGUAUAAACUAAA